UUAACUCUUGACUUGUCAGAAUAUGGAUGUUCCCCUCUGACUGUGCCUCUCAUACAGGGGGAUGAGGGGGACACGCGCCUGUGCGUGUGCUCAGGUGAAUAGAUGGGGGUGGGGAUGUUGGUGUAUGACGUCAGCGGAGACCCAGCGCACGGUGCACCGCGUCCAAGCGAGGCUGAGAUCCCAGACAACACAACCUCGCUGUUAUUUCGUGCUUUUCUCCUCCACGUCGCACGCAAGACGCGUCUGGUGCGUCCUGCUUGAUUUGUGCAGCUGCAGCUCGUGAGCUCCGCGCCUGUGGUUGGCUCUCCCGGUGCUGUCCGUCACGCGCGCACACGUGCACAAACGCACGCUCGCAGUUCCAGAAUCACGGCGGAGGCGAGGACGGUUUGACGGGGAGCGUGACGCGGAUUUGACUUUGGGCGCUCGGGUACAUUUUACAGUCGCUUAGCCCGGUGAGGUGGAGGAUGGAGCGGGGAGGAGAGCCGCACUGAGCGCGUCUGCAGCGCGAGAGGAGACGGCUGAGGAAAGCGCGAGGUGGCACCGUUAAAGUCCGGAGUAGAUGAUGCUUGUUUGCCGCAGGCCCCGCCAUCGUGAAAUCGGAUACCGACGUGCGGCGGAUGGGGUGACCGAGCUCGCUGCUCCGCCGGGGAGGUCCCUGUCUUCGGACGGUGCCGGGAUGGGAGCUGCCUGGUUCUAGGAAGGAAGGAAGCAGUGGCAAGAGGGAAAAUGCAGACGGAGGAGGAGACGGCCACCGCAGAAGAGCCCAUUUUGGAGGAAGGGUCAGGACGAGAGCAGCAGCGACCGGUCCAACAGUCUCUGGCCUCCUCCCUGUGUCGGGAGUCCCACUGGAAGUGCCUCCUCCUGACUCUCCUCAUGUAUGGCUGCUUCGCCACACUGGCCUGGUGCGCUCUCUGCCGGGUACCCGUUCUCGGCUCCUCCUCCAUACCUUUCGGUGCAGACGAUGACGCCACCUCAGCGGCCUAUUACGACAUCCUGCACUUGGAGAGUCCGUGCUCCAGUGGCUACGUCUACAUCCCGCUGGCUUUCCUGGCCAUGCUUUAUGUAGUUUACCUGGUGGAGUGCUGGCACUGCUUCUCCAAGACGGCUAUGUUGGCUCAUGCUGAAUUCCAGGAAGUGUACGAGCGAGUGCAGAGACUCCAGCAGGCCACACCCUGUAUUUGGUGGAAGGCCAUUAGCUACCACUAUGUGAGGAGGACAAGACAGGUGACAAGAUACCGCAACGGAGAUGCGUACACAACGACACAGGUCUACCAUGAACGGGUGAACACUCACGCUUCCAGCUCGGAGUUUGACUAUGCCCGUUACGGGGUCAAAGACGUGUCCAAGCACCUGCUGGACCUGCAGAUGCACCCUGCCGUCCGCCUCCGUUUUACCAAGUGUUUCAGCUUCUCCAGUGCACGUGCUGAAGCUGCCUACCUCACCCAGCGAGCGCGCUUCUUCGGGGAGAACGAGGGCCUUGACGACUACAUGGAGGCCAGAGAGGGAAUGCACCUGAAGAACGUGGAUUUCCGCGAGCACAUCUUGGCGUUCCCGGAUCCUGCUCAUCAGCCGUGGUUUUCCAGGCACAGGGUGUUCUGGCUAGCUUCAGCUUUCCUCCUGUCGUGGCCGCUGCGGGUUGUGUCAGAAUAUCGCACAGCAUAUGUCCACUACCAUGUGGAGAAGCUGUUCGGGGAGGAUGAGGACAGUGUCGGAGGAGGAGGACCAGGUGGAGGAGGACCGGCUGGAGGUGGAAGGGGGGAUGGGACUGAGGGUGGCACUGAAAAUGGAAUCCACCCAGGAGGGAUUAGUAUUGGGAUUGGUCUAAACGGGACGAGCUACAGAGCCAUCUCUCGAGUCAACACAGUGGAUAUGACAGAACUGGAGUGGCACAUCCGCUGUAACCAACAGAUGGUCCCAAGCUACUCUGAAGCCCUCCUCAUGGACUUGGACAUAAGUGGGGGGACAAACCCCACUGUUUCUACCCCCAUCUCUGGGCCUCCGGGCACCACCCCCAACACGAUGACCAACCCGCCUCCUCUGGCUCUGCCCGUGGUAUUCAACUCCGCUUACCUCCUGCAGAGCUGUCCUCGAUGUCGGAGGACAACUUCGAGUUCCAGUCUUCCCUCCAGGCUAAGAGCCCCGAUGGGAACCACGGCCCUCCUGAACGCUACCGUGGCAGGGAUCAGGGCAGCAGGGCCAGGUGGUGGGGGCAUAGGAGGAAGGUUGGUGCUCAGUCGGAGUGGAUUCUCACUCGGGAGACUGGCAGGAGGACGCCAAAACAGCCUGUUUCAUUCAAGAAGCAUGGGGGGAGGGCUGGGAGGAAGUCGGGAAGAGGGAGGAGGAAGUGCCGGGGGCGGAGGUGGGGGAGGCGGAAGUGGUGGUGGAGGUGGAGGAUUUCUCGGAUUGGGUUCAAGACAGGACAAUGAGGAAACCAGAGGAGUCCUAGAAGGAGAAGGGGAUGACGAUGAAGAGGAGGAGCAGGAGGAGGAGGAGGGAAGGGAAGACCGGGGAAGAGGAGGCAGAGAAAGGGAUGACGACGCAGCGCAGGACAGCGGAGCGGGAGGUGAGGCGAGGGAGGGCGAGAGGGAACGUCCUCCAUCCUACCAGGACGCGUUCUUCUUUCCUGUCCUCAUUAUACAUGGAGAGGAGAGCUGCCAUGCAGGAGACGACAUGUGACGAAUAAAAAGAUCAACAAAUGGAGGGAAAGUAUCUGCAGAGGCUGAGGGAGAUGGAAGAGACUGAAAGAAAAGAAUGGAUCACACGAGAAGGGGGUGAGGGUAAAUGAGACUUGAUAGAGCCAAAGAAUGAAGGAAAUGAGAAGCAAAAGAGGUUGAAAGCAAGGAGCUGGUUUACAGAAUAUCAAGCAGUGAAACGGAAGAUAGGAAUCAGUCAUAACAAAGUGUGGAAGGUAAGAAUAGCUCUGUGACACAAAUAAUAAGGAAGGGGGGGAUAAAGUAGGAAGGAGAAGCAGAGAAGUCUCAGAUUGAGUAUACCGCUUCAGGGGAUUUGAACAGAUUUGGUGCAUACAGUAAAAAAAGGCAGGAAACAGUGAUUGAGAGGAAGAUGGAAGCUGAUAGAGAAGUGCAGGCGCAAGAUAAGAUGGAGUCCAAGAAAAUGAGUGAAGGCAGGAACAUCCUCACAUAAGUAGACUUUGCUACACAGACUGUGCGAGAGAGAGAGAGGAUGACAAAUCAGAUACUUAGAAAGAAUGGAGAGACUGAAAACAAGUCUAUUUCCAGAAAUAUCUAUGCAAGAACAGGAGAGGGAGGAGAAAAAAGUCUAAAGAUAGCAACUGGAGGGCAGUGGAGAAAGUGUAAACCAGCUGAGCACUUGUGGGUAGGUUUUCAAAAUAAACAGAGGGGGAAAGGUAGUUUGAAGGUUCAUCUUUGCUAAAAGUCAGAAUACACAGAGGCAGAGUAAUAAUAUGGAUUAUCUGAACAGACAACAAAUAAGGAGGAACCGAAUGAGAUCACAUCAAAAUGCACUGUAGGGAAGUGGCGGGAGCAAAUCCAUAGUUCGCUAUUUGCAGGGUAAAAGAGCAAAGGAGAGUAGUAUAGAAAAUGAGACACAAUACAGAGCAGAUAACACUGAAUCUAAAAUAAUUCAUGCAAACUCUAGUAAAAGAAAACAGACUUUUGAGGAACAUCCACUCAAGAGGAGGAGAAAACAAACAAAUUCAAAAUGAAAAGUUCAAAGUUUCCCGUGUAACGUUUUCAAAUAGAUUUCUCUCAGGUCUUCUAAGGUUUACUGUACAACCUCACACGACAACACCACAGCUUCAGUGCCAACAAAAGAGGAGAAAUAUCGAUUUCCUCCACGUCUCUGCAAGCCGUCAUUUAACCAUUAGCCUGCCCACCACUCUCAUUCCAUUACUGAUAUGGAGCUGAUAGGAAAAAAAAUUCCAUAGUUAGAGGAGCGACUGCUUCCUCCAGCUCCCAGCUUCCACACCUCCUCUGUUUGCUCUCCUCCAUCUCAUCACCUCUUCUGUGUUCCUUCCCUCCUCACCUCUGGCUGCACGGGAAUCCACAUAUAACAAGAGUAGAGAUGUAAUUCUCAGCAUCACUUCUAUUAUAGUUUUUUAUAAAAGCGCAACCACCUGAACAGCUUUUUUUGCAAUUAUCCUGUAAUGUGUUAGAAGUAAGGUGAGAUCCCAAAAUAGAUCGACUGCAUCUGUUGUUAACUUCCCCUCAUCCUCUCCUCCAUCACCUCCAACUCAUCCCUUUCUUCUUUUUUUUUUAAAGUGGUGGAUAUGUGAUACGCCUCUCUCUGCUACUGGAGAUGAAGCGAUCACAUUUCAUCUCCACUUCCUCCGCAUAUCACGUCUCCUCCUGGCUGAGCUCUCUCCUCUCGGAUUAGCUUUAAAAAUAAAAUACAGAUAUUUCCCACGUGAAUGAAGUUUCUGACCUUUCGCCGUUCUUUCGCAGAUUGAGAUGCGAGCAAAUUCCAUGUAUUUACACAGUUUUCAUAGAGGGGCAGAAGAUCAAGGAAAAACUGGCCUUUACAGCCACUGACUUUAGGCCGAGGGUGUGAUUUUUCAUUCAUGAUUAAAAGUCAAAUGCUAAUUAUCACCAGUUAUGCCUGUGUAGUUUAGUUACAAACAUUUGUAAUCAAAGUUAGUUCUGAGCAAUAUGGAGAAUAAAAAAUCACAAUAACCAGAAAAACCCUCCUCCAUGAUCAAUGCACUAUAUAUAACACAAUAUGUGUUGAAGCUUGAAAAACCUCUUAAUCUAAUUUAUAUCCACAUUAUUGGACUGCAUGGGAAGUAAAACCUGAGCUCAGCUGGCGUAGAAAUCUGACCUUUGAUCGCUUUGUGUUUUAAGCGUUGACGACAAAAUCGCAGAUGACAAUUUACAUGGUCAAAAUAAAACCCACAACAAGGUCACAAAGAUCCGUAACGCCCGACCGUUCGAUUGUGUCAUGCUGCUACUUCCUCCUCUUGAAGAAUCAUCUGUUACCUUAGUGACAGCGCCCUCUAUCAAACAUUGCCUCAUUGUGGAACAUGUAGCUGGCAUAGAGAUGCAUGAUGUAACUUUAUAAUCGCUAUUGUGCAGGUCCUACUAAUAACUACGUGGAAAAACAAUGGCUGCAAGAUGCAGUGCCAAAAAGCAGUGAUCCAUGCUCAGUUCAAACAAAUUUAGACAUUUUAGACUCAUCUAGACGACGGCACAGACAAUGAUCCCUAGGAUUUAACUCUGUUCUGCUUUCUUAGUUGGUCUGUUUUCAAAGAAAAUGAGCCCAGGAAGAGGAAGCCGGCAGAGACAACGCAACCAACCAUCAGUGCUUUGAUGCGUAUACUUUACAAAGCACACUAAAAAUGCUUAUAGUUCUAGAUGAACUUUUCUUAACCUUCCCGGCACUGUGCCCUUCAACGGUUUCUUCAGCCACUCUGUUGGACGUCGUUCGCGUCGCCCUCGUUCUCCUAUCUGCUUACUUCGGAAACGAAGACUGAAAAGCACACCGAAAAAAUGACGACGGAGAGUUUUCCUGAAAAUGGAGCGAAAUUGAUGCCUCAAACAUUUAAUGAUAAAGAUAAUGGACAUGAACAUGCACACAAAUAUGUAACAAGAAGCAUCCGACCUGGUUUCAGCAGUGACAGCAGGGAAUGUCCUCUCACUGAAACUUUCCAAAAAGAAGAAGUAGAGCACGAGUGCUGGCCUGGUUUGGUGUACGACACACACAAACACACUGUUCCUCAUUCUCAUGCACUGAUUCUGGCUGACGGAUCUUCAGUAGCUUUGAGGGGAGAUCGAGUUGAACUGGGCACAAGAAAACUAACGGAUGAAAUAAUAAUCAGAAGAAACGACAAACAGCAUCACGGACAAAUGUUUCACGAGUGGAGAAGUGGAAAAAGGACAGAAAUGACAAACAGCAGCUGAAGGGCAGAAAGACUUAUUGUGAGAUUAAAAGACAAUUAUUUUUACAGCUAUUAAUCAUUAUCUGAGUCUCUUGACUUAAAUGUCCCUUAACAAAAAAAGCACUAAAAAGCACUGAACACACACCUCUGUGUUAAUUUGAUUUCAUGCUCCGAUCAUGUUGCUUUCACAAUCACUUGAUUUACUCUGUUCACAUGUUGUAUUAUGGCUUGAAGGGUCCUGAUCACUAUGUAUUUUUGUUUGUCAGUAUAUUUAACUCUAAUUUAAAACCAUAUACUUUGGCUCCACAUGUUACAAAAAAAGAAAAUAUAAAUAGUAUAUAAUACAAACUCACUACUUUAAUAUCAUCUGCACACUUGAGAAGACAUGUCAGGUUAAGUGAUGUCUUAAGAUCUAAAUGCCUUUGUUAGCCUCAGACAUCUCUCAUGUCUCUCAUUAUUUUAUUUUAUUUCUUAUUUUUUGUCUGACUUCUGAAUUUCUGAAAGGUGCUUGGACCCAGUGAUUCUUGUUGGUUUAUUUACUUUUUUACUUUUAUUUUUUUUAUCUAUGUGGUCAUACUUCACUCACGUGUUGUUAGUGGCUAUAUACUUGGUGUUUUAUGAUUUCAGAGUGUGUCAAAAAGUGUGUCCUCAGCCGCUUCAGGUGUGCCAAGAGAACUUUGUGCCCAUGAUGUCUUACACAACCAACACAUGUUCGUGUGCGCUUGCAUGUUGAGCCACAGCAGUGACGCAGCCAUUAACAGCUUAUUUUAGACAAGAGCCACAUCCAGUUCCCACAACUGCCCCUUACAUGCAAUGUCUUCACGUAAAUUACACACAUGCACACAAACACUCUCUGAAAGAAUGGAACCGUCCAGCUAUUUUGCCUUUGUGUGCGACGUUGACAGCUUUUUUGCUCAGGAUUUCAUUUAAUGCUGCAUUCCUGUGUAAACACGAGCUCUGUUUUAAACUCAUUAACAUGCCAAAGAAAAAGAUUGAAAAUUAAAAAAAAAAAAAACACAUCACAGAGAAGAUGUAUGUGCUCACACAUACACACGCAUGUUGACAUGAUGGUUCCACAAAAAAUCAUAGACACUGAUCGACUGACUUGAAUCAGCAACAUACAG